UACAGAGAGAGAGAAGCGGUCGGGCAUUCCUGUGUAAUUCUCUUCCAGCAAAAAGGAAGUCAGAAGUUCAACCCCGCUAGAAAUUUUCACAAAAAACCCAUCUGCACAAGAAGAAAGAAAAACAGCAAAAGCAGCUGCAGAAAUCCCAGAGAAAGAGAGAGAGAGAGAGAUCAUGGGUCGAAAAAGAAGUGGAUUUUGGAGAGGAAAGUUGGGUUGAAGAGAGAGGGAUAGCGCAUGGAAGAAGGAGAAAAAGGCAGUGGCAUUUUGGGAGAAAAGAGAGAAUUCCUGGGCAUAAAGUUGAGGCGUGGGAUCUUGGUAGGGAAAAAGGGGGGCCCUUGCACUCCAGUUCCCACAUGGCGUUUUGGGGGUGCGCACGAUAACAAACAUGGGUUAAUUAUCCCCCCUCUCUCUUCAAGGAAGCUCGCUGCCAACCUCUGGGACUAUCAUCAACUCCCCCCUCCUGCUAAAAUGAGCCGCGGUGUCAGGAUCCGCCACCACAAGGACAAGGGCCUUCACCUCCCCACCACCCAUCCCGACGAUUCGCCUCACAGCCCCCCUGAUAAGCCAGCGAGUGCCGGUAGUUUGAGGAGGCAUGUCGCAGCAUCACUGAUGCAACACCAUAAAUCAAUCGAGAGGAGCCGUAGAGUUCUGCAGCCGUUUUCUCCAGCUAGCUACGGUAGCUCGAUGGAGAUAGCAGCUUACAACCCAGCUAUCACUCCCACCAGUUCUUUGGACUUUAAGGGAAGACUUGGGGAGGUGGGUUAUAGCCUUAAAACAUCUGCAGAGUUACUGAAAGUAUUGAACCGAAUCUGGACCCUAGAAGAACAGCAUGCAUCCAAUGUAUCAUUGGUGAAGUCACUAAAGAUGGAGCUAGCCCACUCACGGGCUCGGAUUCAAGAGCUGAUGCAUGAACGGCAAGCAGACCGACAUGAAAUAGAUGAUCUGAUGAAGCAGGUUGCUGAGGACAAGCUAAUUAGGAAGAGCAAAGUCCAAGAUAAGAUCAAAGCAGCUGUUCAGUCUGUAAGGGACGAGCUUGAAGAUGAGAGGAAAUUGAGGAGACGCUCAGAGAGCUUGCAUCGCAAGCUAGCUAGAGAGUUGUCUGAAGUGAAGUCUGCAUUCUCAAAGGCUCUGAAAGAGCUUGAAAGGGAGAGGAAGAUGCGGCUUCUGUUGGAAGACCUGUGUGAUGAGUUUGCAAGGGGAGUGGGAGAUUAUGAAAAGGAGGUGCGGGCACUGAAACACAAGGCCGAGAAAGAUCAUGAUAGUAAAGACGAUCGGCUAAUACUCCAUGUUUCCGAAGCAUGGCUGGAUGAACGGGCACAGAUGAAGCAUGCAGAAGCUAGGUCCGAUCUGGCUAAGAAGGAUACAAUAGUAGAUAGGUUGAGAAGCGAAAUCGAGACCUUUCUUCGAGCAAAAAGAUCCAAGGUUUCGAAGAACGACGCCGUGUACCCGGAAGAUGCUGCUAGGAAGGAUGUUCUGCGUCGCCAAUCUCUUGAGUCUGUCCACUUCAAUGGAGCUGGAAGUGCACCCCAAGGAGAUGAUGAUUCCAUGGCUAGUGACUUGCACGGCUUUGCACUAAACAAGAAUAUUGGGGACAAUGAAAGCAACAAUCGUUCUAAACUGCAUGGAGACAGGGGUGCAGAAGAUCUGGAAGAAAUGAAAAAAUCUUAUUCUGGGAAGAAAAGGCUGGGAUCCUGUGAAAAGAUUAGAGGCCGUAGCUUAUCUAGCUUGCAGGUACAGUUUGAAGAACACAUGGAGAGGGCUGAGUCAUGUAAGCAGAACAAGACACAGACUAUGGAUAGAGCACAAGGAAGCCACUCUGAUAUCAUAGUUGAAGCUGGUGGAGAUAAAUCAAACCAAAUUGAAAUCAACAUCUCCCACAGGCCGGAAAACUAUGAGGCGCAAGAAGGCAUCCAUGAAAGGAAAGGUAAACCAAACCACAUACAUGAUAACUUGAUCAGAACCCAGUCAUCGUUUUCUGAAGAUAGUAAGGUUCGACCUGAAAAUGAUCAUAGGGAUGAUUCCUGUAGCCACUUCUCAUGUAGGGGUCAUUCUGUUACGGGUCCCAAGGACAAUGCUUCGGGUGACAGCCUUGGUCUGUCGAGUCCGGUACAACAGUGGAAUUUCCGACACACCUCACCUGAUCUUGAGAUAUCAGAAAGUUCUUUGAAAUGGCCACGGGGCUUAAAGGAGAAUACUUUGAAGGCUAAAUUACUUGAAGCAAGAUUAGAGGGGCAGCAUGCCCGAUUAAAAACUUCAAAGGGUCCCUAGUCAAUGCAAUAGGAGGUUGAGAAGAGAUGCACUGUUGCCAUUUGAAUGCAUGGCUUCAUGGUGAACCACGGCACUUGUAUAAUACGGGAGUUGUAAAGCCGUGUUUCUUUCUUUCUUGUGGUUCUUUUAUCUGUACUCUUGGAAUUUUCUUUUUGUAUAUGGGCGUUAUGCAAUCAUAAAAACGUUUACGUCCAACUUUCUUGAUUGUUAUUACAUGGGUACACAAGUAAUAUAGAAAUCAACUACAACAAAAAUCUCGAUUGCUUCUUAUCA